UCACCGGUUCCUCUCAAAUACGUCGUUGCUCAUGUCAUCGAAUGCCAAACAAAUGGUUAUGCCUAUGGGGUUGAAGAGCAGAAGCUUUUCCUUUUCUGCGAUUCCAAAGAUCGUUGCAAAGUCUGUGAAGGUGCCUGCUUACCUGGGUGGUGGGAUAGCAGCAGCUGGUAGCUAUAUCGCGUAUAAAGUCGAGGAGGCCUCCAAUUAUACACAGGACAAGUUGGGCCAGUUGAAAGACCUGGGCAACAGUGCGUAUGACAAGGCAUCUGAGUUCCUCAACGGGCUCGAGUUUGGUUCCCAAGGUGAUGGAAGCGGUAGCGGUAGCAGUGGUAAUGGUGGUGGUGGUGGUGAUUCAACCGCGGCUCUGGGAACAGCUGCUGCAAUUGCUGCCAAACUUGAUGAGGAAGAGGAAGAGCGUGAGAAGCUGAUCGAACAAGAAGAUGAUGAGGAGGAAGAAGAGGAUACAACCGAUGAUCAGAUGAUGAAUCUGACGAGACAGAUGAUUGAAAUUAGAUCCCUGCUUCAAGAGAUUGAUAGAUCAUCCGAGACCCUGAAGUUGCCUUCCAUUGUUGUUGUUGGCUCACAAUCUUCUGGUAAAUCAUCCGUUCUUGAGGCAAUAGUUGGUCAAGAGUUCUUACCAAAGGGCUCAAAUAUGGUGACAAGAAGACCUAUCGAACUCACAUUGGUUAAUACACCGAACACUGCUGCAGAAACUGCAGAUUUCCCAGCUCUGAAGAUGUACAACUUGACAGAUUUCUCAGAAGUUCAAAAGAUCUUGUUCGAUUUGAACAUGGCUGUUCCUGCUUCAGAUGCAAUCUCCAAUGAUCCAAUCCAACUAACAAUCAGAUCACCUUCGAUCCCUGACCUGUCACUGGUGGAUUUGCCAGGAUAUAUCCAAGUCGAGGCUGCGGAUCAACCUCCUGUUCUUAAACAGAAGAUCAAAGAAUUAUGCGAUAGAUACUUGGAGAGUCCUAAUGUCAUAUUGGCCAUAUCAUCAGCAGAUGUUGAUUUGGCAAAUAGUGCUGCACUGAGAGCCUCCAAAAUUGCUGAUCCAAAGGGUGAAAGAACAAUUGGUGUUAUCACCAAAUUGGACUUGGUUGAACCUAAGGUUGCGAGAGACAUAUUACUCAAUAAGAAAUAUCCUUUGAAAAUGGGAUACGUUGGUGUUAUUACAAGAGCACCAAAGAAAUCUUUAUUCCGCUCUGCCUCCAGUCACGAUGCAUUUGUUGCUCAACAGAACUUCGAGUAUACCUUCUUGAAAGAACACAAGCCUGAGUUUGCCGAAUGCAGCACCUCCACGAGAACACUCAAGAAGAAAUUGAUCAAGGUGUUGGAACGCACUAUGUCAAUGUCUCUUGCACCAACAGCACAACUGGUACAACAAGAGCUGGAUGAAACGGCCUAUAAGUUCAAAGUGGAAUUCAAUGAUAGACAGCUUACUCCAAAGACAUAUUUGGCUGAGAACGUUGAUGCUCUGAAGCUGUCUGUGAAGAAUUUUAACGAACACUUUGGUAGAUCAGAAUUGAAAUCCAUUCUACGAAGUGAAUUGGAUCAAAAAGUUCUCGACUUACUAGCCACGAGAUACUGGAACAAAUCUUCUGACACGCCAUCAGAUACAAGAAUACUCAUUGACAACCUAUCACAAUUGAGUGAUAUGAAAACAGAAGAUCCUUAUUGGGCAAAGAAACUUGAUCUCGCCACCUCUUCCUUAACAAAACUCGGAGUAGGAAGACUGACUACAUCAGUUAUUGCAGACGCCAUUGUCUCUGAGGUUGGGAACAUCACCGAUCAAACGCAAUUGAGAAACCAUCCUUUAGCCAAAGAGGCCGUUAAGGAAGCUGCUGAGAGCGUCUUGAAUGCACGCUACUUGUCAACAGCCGAUCAGGUGGAGAACUGUAUCAAGCCUUACAAGUACGAAGUUGAUGUUGAUAGUCGUGAGUGGAGCACAGCCAGAGAACAAACUAUUUAUCUGGUUAAACAGGAGCUACAACAAUGUCAAGACUCUUUCCAGGCUUUAAAGAAUGCCAUUGGUGGUCGUAAGUUAUCUCAAGUUAUGACGUAUCUUGAAGAAGGUGGUACAGCCGAAGAAACUGUUGGGUUCUCACAAGUGCUCUUAAAAAGAGGCCGUGAGGCAUUGUUUCUUCGUGAUCGUUCAACAAUCCUUGGAAUGAGAUUGAAGGCCUUGAAAUCUGGACCUUGUAAGAGCAAAGAUAACAAGUUCAAGUGCCCAGAAAUAUUCUUGAACGUUGUUAGUGAUAAACUUACAACGACAGCAGUGCUGUUCUUGAAUGUUGAACUUCUUACAGACUUUUUCUACAAAUUCCCUCGUGAGCUAGACUCCCGUCUCAACCAGAACCUCUCAGAAGAACAAAUUGAACAAUUUGCUAAGGAAGAUCCAAGAAUCAAGCGUCAUAUCGAGCUUCAAGAACGCAAGGAGCUAUUGGAGUUGGUUUUACAAAAAAUUGAUGGUAUAUUGGCUUUCCAGAGAAGCAAGAGUUCCUUGACUUCACGGAGAUGAGGAGGGCGUCAGUAAAUUUGAUUAUACCUGUAUAUGGCUUAAAUGAAUGGAUGAUAUGUAUAUAAAUAGUUUUACAAAUGUUACUGUAAUCAUAAAC